AUGUCGAGCAAUCGUUUUGCCGACUUGGGUAGCCCGAGCAAACCCACGUCAACCCCUCCUACUUCAAAUCCGAACCAGGCCCAGGCUCCUGAGUCCUCAAAUAACUCCAACGCAUCCAAGGCUAGGAAGAGGAAGGGACAUCGCGGUGGUAGGAAGAAAAGGACGCGCAGAAAGAGCUUUGCGGCAUUGGACGACGAUGAGCAUGAUGAGGUUCGCGAAGCUACAGGAGAGGGUUUCUUUAAUCUUCCUCGCGCAAACUUAAGCAAUACCAGUAUCGACAGUGAAGCAUUGUUAGAUCAUCGAGAUCAUCAGCCAUUGCGUCCCAGACGAACCUCAACCGCACCAGCUCCUGGUGGUAUCCCAGUGUCCCCAUAUACAGGCUCGAGUAGCAAUCGCCUGCGAUCGAUACCGGCGGUUUCUGCUGAGCAGGAGCACGGAGAGCACGCAGUAUGGGACGAAAACGCACCACUACUUGGCGAAUCGAUAGUUUCUGGCUACGGUGCAAGUGAAGCAAGGUCGAAUCGCACGAGAAGCCGUCGCGCGUCGAACAAAUCUUCAACAACGCGCCUAGGAACCUCAUCCGGCGCACGAGACAAUUACGAUGUCAAUGCUCCUCCAUCAAUGCCCGGCUCACCUACGUUUGGUACUGCCGACCGCAUAGAGCUCAGCUUAGGGGAUGUCAUGAUACGAGACGGACUCGGCGCUCGUGACGAUUCUCCACAUCGGUUAAUGGGCGAGAUCGACUGCCAUUCCGACAUUGAUGACAUGCGGGAUGGCCGUCCCGACAUGAACCGUAGGAUGGCGACCGAAGCCGAGCAGGAUGUGUGCUUCCCUGCUCCUGGCAUGUCAGAGCUUGGCGACGAUGAUGCUCAAUCGCAGGCUCACGAGCACCGGCAGUACCGAACGCGUCGCCGCCGUGGUCAAUGGCCUGACUUGUCUGUUCUAGAGGACUGGAGCCACAUGGAGAAAGAGGAUCGGACAGAGGAGCGUCGAGUCAAACGUAUCACUGAGCCGCAGCUCAUCAAUGGUCGUCUACGUCCAGUACGUAAAGGACAGUUUUACGAGGCAGUCGAAGAGUCACCAUACCGAUUCACGUACUUCAACGAGGAGUUCCAGAGCACAGUUCAUAGUCAGACCAUUUCUGAACUGGUUCAGCCUGGGGGGGGAUUCCGCGAACUUUUUGUUCCAGACCCUCGGGUGCUUUCAGAUGAUGAAUCCGACGAUGAGGACAUUGAACCUAUGCUACCAACCAAACUCCAUAACCUCAACACGGAUGGGAACUCAAAGGCUCACACACGCCAACCAUCCCUAUCAACUGUCCACGAUCACCACGAAUCACGCGAAGGGACUAUAUCACCUCUCAAAGAUCCUUUGGCACAUGUCAUCUCGCAAAGUGAGUCUGGCCGUGCCACACCCAGUGGUCGAAAAUCUGCAGACGAAACAGCCCAUGUCUCUCAGAAUACUGAAGGAGAUUCAAACGAAAAAAUGAUUAGGUACGGCGAGCGGCCAGUCUGGUGGCUUGAUGUUCUUCGUCCCACUGAGGCUGAGAUGAAAGUUAUAUCUAAAGCAUUCGGCAUCCACCCGCUUACUGCAGAGGAUAUUAUGCUCCAGGAAGCUCGCGAGAAGGUCGAGCUUUUCCGACAUUAUUACUUUGUCAACUACCGAUCAUUUGAUCAGGACGAAGACGGCAACAACUUUUUGGAGCCUGUUGAUAUGUACGUCGUCGUCUUCCGUGAGGGGGUCAUCAGUUUCCAUUUCUCGAGGACACCACAUCCCGCCAAUGUCCGCCGCAGAAUUCGACAGCUGAAGGACUACUUGAUACUUUCUUCGGAUUGGAUCUCAUACGCCAUUAUUGACGACAUCACUGACGUUUUUGCGCCAUUGAUCGAGAAAAUCGAAACAGAAGUUGAUGAUAUUGACGAUGCCAUCCUAAGGCUGCACUCUUCUGCUGAUAAGAGACUUAAUGAUGAAUCUUCCAAGAGCGAUGAAGCGAUGGGGGGCUCUGACUCAAACGUAGACAUGCUCCAGCAGGUGGGAGAGUGCAGAAAGAAAGUGAUGAAGCUUUACAGGUUGUUGGGUAACAAGGCAGACGUUAUCAAGGGUUUUGCAAAACGCUGCAACGAACGAUGGGACGUUGCACCACGAUCAGAAAUUGGUCUGUAUCUUGGUGAUAUCCAAGAUCACAUUGUCACUAUGACUGCCAAUCUUGGCCACUAUGAAAAGAUUCUCGCUCGCUCCCAUGGCAACUACCUCGCUCAGAUCAACAUACGCAUGAACGAGCGUCAAGAACAGACAGCCGACGUUCUUGGCAAGCUCACUGUGCUCGGAACGAUCGUACUACCCAUGAACAUCAUCACAGGUUUGUGGGGUAUGAACGUGUGGGUACCAGGCCAGGAGUAUGAAGGGGACCUCACAUGGUUCUUCUGGAUUACCGGUGGCUUAUUGUUCUUUGGCCUCGCAUGCUACAUGAUCGCCAAGAGGGUAUACAAUAUUGUUUAA